AUGAAGGGGUCAAAAGGAGAGCUGUCGCCCUCGGAUGAGAAUAUCAGCGAGUCAAGAGAAGAUGCUUAUAAAGUUUUGAUUGGCAUUUCAUCAUCUCUUUCAAUCAUUUCAUUGCUUACAAUAUGUAUGGUUGUGCCUUCAAUGUAUAACUAUGUUGAUAAUAUGGCUCAGUAUUCACGUCAAGACUUCGCCUACUGUCAGAGUGCCACUGCAGAUAUGGAAAAUCAAAUGUCCACAUUAAGGGGCAGGUUUCAUGAUGUAGUUAAAAAUCGUACUAGUAGAUCUGCUUAUGGAGCAUAUAAUCCAACAAUGAUGGCCAACGACUCUCCUCUUUUCCAAGAAUGCCCAGCGUGCUGUAUUCCUGGAGAACGAGGACCACCUGGAGAUGGAGGACUUCCAGCACUUGCUGGAGCUCCAGGUCCAGAUGGUGCUCCUGGUCGUCCUGGAACAACUCCAAAUGCUUCUUGUAUUCCUGAGAGAGUUUUUGAACCACCACCAUGUCUUCCAUGCCCUCAAGGACCAAGAGGUGUUCCAGGUCACCCAGGUUUUCCUGGAGACCCAGGAGACUCCGGAAUACCAGGAAGACCAGGGUCUGAUGGUCAGCCAGGAAAGCCUGGAGAGCCCGGUUCUCCAGGACCGCAAGGACCACCAGGACAGUCAGGGCCUCCUGGAGAUAAAGGCCGAACUCCAGAAGCUCAUGUGAUUCCUGGACCACCCGGAGAUUCUGGACCACCAGGUCCAUGGGGACCUCCUGGAAAUGCUGGAAUGCCCGGUGAAGAUGGGUAUCCCGGGACACCUGGAGAGAAAGGAUGGCCUGGACCACCAGGUGCACCAGGGCCGAUGGGGCUUCCUGGUCCAUCUGGUCCAGCCGGAGAAGAGGGACCAUCAGGUACUCCUGGAACUUGUGUCUGUCAAGAUACUGAAGUCGUAAUGGCUGAUGUAAAUGGAAAAGUCCCAGCUCCUAGAGACGAUAUUCCUACCCCCCCAACGUUCGAACUUACGUCUUCAACAUCUACGGAGGGAUAUUUCAACGCAAAAUCUCUCCCAACCAGUGAUCUUUAUCAACGUGAGGCAAUAGAAGCUAGUCAGAACGGAUAUUACAGCGCUCGAAGGCAUCGUAAACUGAAGCGAUUACACCUUCAGUAA